AUCAGUUUGACGUUUCGCGUCUUCAAAUGUCAACGCCAGUUCAAGGUGCCGCUGUCAAAGUCCUUUUCCGUUUCCUCUUUAACGAAGCGCAGUCAAGAUGAAAGCUAAGGGAUUGCUGAAAGAAUACCAGGUGAUCGGGCGCAAGCUGCCCUCGGAGAAGGAGAAGAACCCUCCACUGUUCAAGAUGCACAUCUUCGCCCCGGACCACAUUGUGGCCAAGUCGCGCUUCUGGUACUUCCUGCGUCAGCUGCGCAAGUUCAAGAAGGGAACCGGCGAGAUUGUGUCGGUGAAGCGCAUCAUGGAGAAGACGCCGCUGAAGGUGAAGAACUUCGGCAUCUGGUUGCGUUACGAUUCGCGUUCCGGUACGCACAACAUGUACCGCGAGUACCGUGAUCUGACCGUUGGUGGUGCCGUCACGCAGUGCUACAGUGACAUGGCUUCCCGCCAUCGUGCCCGUGCCCAUUCGAUCCAGAUCAUCAAGGUGGAAGCGAUCGCUGCAUCCAAGACGCGUCGCGCACACAUCAAGCAGUUCCACAACUCGAAGAUCCGAUUCCCGCUGGCCCAGCGAUACCACCACAAGCGCUACCGGAAGCUGUUCUCUUACCGUCGUCCGGUCACCUUCUUCCAGUAAGCAGCAGCAUUAUUAUUGGUGUAAGACCCUCAAUCG